UAAUAAAGAUAAAAAAAAGAAAAAGAAGAAGAAGAAGUCAAGAUUCUGGAAGUUCAUGUAGACAAAGGCAUGAAACAUGGACAGAGAAUUACGUUCACUGGGGAAGCAGACCAGCCUCCAGGAGUGGAACCUGGAGAUAUUGUUUUUUUGCUACAGGAAAAAGAGCAUGAGAUGUUCCAGAGAGAUGGGAAUGAUCUGCGUAUGACAUAUAAGGUAGGACUUCUUGAAGCUUUGUGUGGACUUCAGUUCACAUUUAAACAUCUUGAUGCUCAUCAGAUUGUGGUGAAAUACCCCCCUGGCAAAGUAAUUGAACCAGGAUGUAUUCAUGUUGUUCAAGGAGAUUUGCCACAGUAUCAUAAUCCCUUUGAAAAGGGUGAUAUUUACAUAAAGUUUGAUGUGCAGUUUCCUGAAAACAACUGGAUCGACACAGACAAACUUUCUGAAUUAGAAGAUCUCCUGCCACCUAGACCAGAAGUUCCUAAUGUAAUUGGGGAAACAGAAGAAGUAGAGCUUCAGGAAUUCGAUAGCACUCGAGGCUCUGGAGGUAGUCAGAGGAGUGAAGCCUACAACAACAGCUCUGAUGAGGAAAGCAGCAGCCAUCAUGGACCUGGAGUGCAGUGUGCCCAUCAGUAAACAGCAGGCAACUGCACGGUGGAUUUUCUCCACAUUUGCCGGAUUUGCCAGCUGCUGGAGUACCCGAUGAGUUCAGAUGAACGGAUGAACAUCUGCUGAUCUAUGUGUAAUUUCUAAACUUGGUAUAGUAUCCACAGAGUGUAUUAUUUAAACUAACCAC